UUUCUUUUCACUAAUUUGCUGUUUUGAACAUAUUUCAUAUUUUAUCAUGAAAUCAGUGAUAAAAUGGAAUAUUUCUUUAUCAUCAUCAUCUGAAUAAAAAUACAUAUUUUAGAUGUUAAAGGUUAAUUUUUAGUUUCUUAACCUAGUUCUAGGCUUGAAAUUAGUUUAUAGCAGGAUUAUUGUUUCAUUUUUCGGCUGGUUUGCGAAUUAAUUCUAAAAAAUCUAAUCUUGUGAAAACCACCAGAAUUAUCCAGUCUCACAAUUUUUUGUGGUUUUAUAUGUUAUGUAGCAAUAAGAGAACGUUUCAAAGGUAUCAAAAGAAUCCUGAUACUUAAUUUUUUAAUACUGCACUCUCAUAUCAACAGCAACUACCAUACCUAGUCAGUAACUACCUUUGAAACAAAAAUCAGCUCAUUGGAAGUGUUAACUUCUUCUUAGAAAAUACUCUUAGAUCUUAGUAAAGCUCCCUGCUCCAGCUUGUUAGAAUUGAACAGAACUUUAAUUCAGUUUCCUAAAGAACUCCAUUACAGACAAUAGUUACAAUGAGGUUGAGCAGACUCAUCUCUCUUUCUCUAUGUUUUGCUGCUUCCUUUCAGGCUGAGAUAAGGAAAACAGACAUUGAGGAUGUUGGGUCAGCAACAACCAUUUUUGCAAUCAAAGAGACAACAUCUACACCUGAAGAAGAUGAAUCACAAACAGAUAUGCCUGAAAUCAAUCUAGAAGAAGAGAAAAUUGUUGAAGAUCUAGAGGAAGCUGUAAUAUCAACUGUCCCAACAAAUGAGAUUGAGGAUUCCUCUGAAAAUUCAUCUGCUGCUACUUCGGAGAAUGAUAUUGUUGAAAUCAAAACCUACCUUGGGGCAGUAUAUGGAAAGAUUUCUCAGCAAGAAUCUGGACAGAAAAUGUAUAAAUUCCUUGGUAUACCUUACUCCAGACCACCAGUAGGAAAACUUAGAUUUAAACCUCCUCAGCCAGUUAUGAUUUACAAAGAUUUAGAGGCAUUCAACUUUGGCGCUAAAUGUCCCCAGUUUGAUAUUUUUAGUGGUGAGAGUGAGAAACUGAUAGGGUCCGAAGACUGCUUGUUUCUAAACAUUUUUACCUCUUCCAUACCUCAAGAGUCGCAGGUAUUCAUACCUAGAGCCGUCAUGCUAUGGAUCCAUGGUGGAGGGUUCGAAAUUGGAUCAGCAGAAGAGUAUGAUCCAACCCCAUUAGUUCAAGAGGAUGUUAUAGUUGUAACAAUUAAUUAUAGACUGGGAGGGUUAGGAUUCCUAACCUUUGGAAAUGAUAUAGUGGCAGGGAACAUGGGUAUUAGAGAUCAGAUAGCUGCUAUGCACUGGACAAAGAAUUUGAUACACCAUUUUGGAGGAGAUCCAGCUAAAAUCACCAUAUUUGGAGAGAGUGCCGGAGCAAUAAGUGUAAAUGCUCUUCAGAUGUCCCCCAAAGCAGUGGGACUUUUUUCAGGUGCCAUAUUACAAAGUGGGACAAUGCUUCUCUAUAGAGAUGAAUAUGAAAAAUCAAGACAAGAACGAAUAGCCUCAAGUUUAGCAGAUCAAUUCAAUUGCUCUAGCACAUUAAAUGACAAAGCAAUGAUGGAAUGCCUCCAGGAACUCGGCUCUGCAGAUCUAUUGUUUGCAUUUAAAGUUGACAGAUUAAGUGAGGAUCCUGAAAGCAAAAACUUUGACAUAGGAGAAUGGGCUCCAGUUUGUGAUUCAUAUGCAUCUGAUCCAGUCCUUCCAGUGGGACCACUGGCAGCUUUCUCAAAAGGACUAUUUGCCAAAGUUCCAGUCAUGACAGGAACAGUUAAGAAUGAUGGUUUAGUACUUAUUCAAAAAGCGAAUUUUGAAAGUUUUUGGAAAGGUUUGGGACCUACAGAUCUGCACGUUGCUGCAAGUUAUAACAAAUCUGAAAUCACACCAGAAGAAUCUGUACUGUCAAAUAUAAUUUUGAAAUUCUACAAUGGAGGAAAUUUUUAGCUUUUAGAGUCUCUUUAUGAAGUAGCCAACAUGUUAACAGAUGCCUUGUUCCUGAGUCCGGAUCAGAAAUUUGCUGAACUAGCCUCUGAGCAUAUUCCAGUGUACAACUACCAGUUCACAUACAGUGGUUCAAAAUCAGUUCUUGAGUGUGUUGAUGUCAAUGGCAAUACCUUCGAAGAAAAAGACUGUGAUGCAAUUAAGAGUUUAACGCCAGUACAUUUUGAUGAAAAUAUUUAUCUUUUUAAUCUGUUUGGCCCAAGAAAUGAGGAAGAAGAGGAAGUAUCUAAAACUAUGUCUCUUUAUUGGACCAACUUUGCCAAGUAUGGACAUCCUUCUCCAUUCUUGAACCAAAACUUAACUCAAUGGAAACAUUAUACAACUGAAAAGAGGUAUAUGGAGCUUGGAGUUAAAGCGGAAAUGAAAAGUGAUAUCGAAAAUGAGAGAAUGACUUUUUGGCAGAAAAUCUACUGGAAUGAGAAAGAAGUGAAAAUUUAAGUACCUGACUCAACACCUCAUUGAUAUCAUCUGUUCAAUUUAAAAAGAAUUAUCCUUCUUUUAGAGUUUGUGUGUUUUAUAAAUAUUAAAGAAGACAUUUUA